GCUCCAUAGUCAAUGACGCUCCCUGUCCCACAAUGCUUUGGGUGAUGUCAGAGCAAAGAUGGCGGAGGGAGGAGCGGCUGAUCUGGAUACUCAGAGAGCAGAGGUCGCAGCGCUGCUGAAAACUCAGCUAAGGAAGGGAGAUACUUGGUACUUGGUAGACAGUCACUGGUUCAAACAGUGGAAGAAAUAUGUGGGCUAUGACAGCUGGGACAAGUACCAGAUGGGAGAUCAAAAUGUCUACCCAGGCCCAGUGGACAACUCAGGACUCCUUAAAGAUGGUGAUGUGCUGGCCAUCAAGGAGCACCUUAUUGAUGAGCUGGACUACAUCUUGGUGCCCACCGACGGUUGGAAUAAGCUAGUAAGCUGGUAUGCGUUAACUGAUGCCCAGGAGCCAAUAUCUCGAAAGGUGGUUGAGCAAGGAAUGUUCGUGAAGCACUGCAAAGUGGAGGUCUACCUCACUGAACUGAAGCUAUGCGAAGACAGUGAUGUAGAGAAUAUUGUCACCAGGCGUUUCAGCAAAGCUGAUACGAUAGACUCCAUUGAGAAGGAGAUGCGUAAACUCUUCAGCAUCCCUGAGGAGAAGGAGACCAGGUUGUGGAACAAGUACAUGAGCAACACAUUUGAGCCACUAAACAAACCGGACAGCACCAUCCAAGACGCUGGCCUCUACCAAGGCCAGGUAGAGAAUACUGUUCUGGUAAUAGAGCAGAAAAAUGAGGAUGGAUCAUGGCCUCGAGGUUCCUCUACACCCAAGUCAUCUGGUGCUUCCAAUCUCUCUGCUUUACCAAAGAUCUCCCCUUCAUCUCUCACAAACAAUCAUAACAGCAGCUUCAACAGUCGGAAUGUGAAGAACUCCAGCUACAGCCUUUCAUCCUACCCGCCCUAUAACAGCUACGAGCACUCAGACCAGGGGCGGCACACUGAGAAGGCUGGACUGUGUGGACUCUCCAACCUGGGCAACACCUGCUUCAUGAACUCUGCCACACAGUGCUUAAGCAAUAUCCCUCCGCUCACUGAGUACUUCCUGAAAGACAAGUACAAGGAGGAGCUGAACGAGGAUAAUCCACUGGGUAUGAAAGGGGAGAUCGCCAAAGCCUUCGCGGACCUCGCCAAGCAACUCUGGUCGGGGAAGUUCAGCUAUGUAACGCCAAGAGCAUUCAAGACGCAGGUGGGCCGCUUCGCCCCACAGUUCUCAGGCUACCAGCAGCAGGACUCCCACGAGCUCCUAGCCUUUCUCCUGGACGGACUCCACGAAGAUCUGAACCGCAUUCGGAAAAAACCCUACAUCCAGCUCAAGGAUGCAGACGGGAGGACAGACAAGGUGGUUGCUGAGGAGGCCUGGGAGAACCACAUCAAGAGGAACGACUCCAUCAUUGUAGACAUUUUCCAUGGCCUCUUCAAAUCUACUUUGGUCUGUCCGGUGUGUGCCAAGGUCUCUGUGACCUUUGACCCCUUCUGCUACCUGACGCUCCCCUUGCCCUUGAAGAAGGAGCGCACGCUGGAGGUCUACCUGGUGCGACUGGACCCCCACGCCAAACCCACUCAGUAUAAACUGACUGUACCCAAAGUUGGGUACAUCUCAGACCUCUGCACCUCUCUAUCUACCUUAUCUGCUGUACCUGCUGAAAAGAUGAUCGUCACAGACAUCUACAACCACCGUUUUCACCGAAUCUUUGCCACCAACGAAAACCUGAGCAGCAUCAUGGAGCGUGAUGACAUCUACGUCUUUGAAGUGGCCGUAAAUCGAAUGGAGGACACUGACCACGUGGUGAUCCCAGUGCACCUGCGGGAGAAGUACAAGCAGUCGGGCUACAACCACACGAGCACGCCUCUCUUCGGCCAGCCCUUCCUCAUCACUGUGCCCCGCGCGCUGAGCGAGGACAAGCUCUACAACAUGCUGCUCCAACGCCUCUGUCGUUACGUACGCUCUCCCCUUGAGUCGGAAGAGUCGGAAGAGACGCCCCCACCUAAGCAACACACUCUUAAUGGCAACGCCACCAACGCCACCAACGGGGUCCAGGAGGAGGGCUCACCAAAUGAAAUGGAGACGGACGAGCAGGACGAUGAGUCCAGUCAGGACCAGGAGCUGCCCUCGGAGAACGACAACAGCCAGUCAGAGGAUUCGGCGGCAGGGGACAAUGAGCUAGAGAAUGGCACUGGUCAGGGGAACUCCACCAAAGCCCCCCCGCCACCGCCGCCGACACCGGCAGGACACACAAAACGACUCUUUACAUUCCAGUUCAAUAACAUGGGCAAGACGGACUUCAGCUUCAUCAAGGAGGAAUCCAGGCAGAUCCGAUUCGAUGAAGGACACCUACGACUCAGUGAUCGAUCUUAUCUCUCCCUGGACUGGGAGCCAGAGAUGAAGAAGAAACACUUUGAUGAGACCAUCACAGAGGACUUCGACAAACAUGAGAGCAUGGAGUACAAACCUCAGAAGAAGGCUUUCUUCAAACUCAACGACUGCAUUGAACUUUUCACUACCAAAGAGAAGCUGGGAGCAGAGGACCCUUGGUAUUGUCCUAGCUGCAAGCAACACCAGCAGGCCACCAAGAAACUGGACCUGUGGUCGCUGCCGCCGGUACUGGUGGUCCACCUGAAGCGCUUCUCCUACAGCCGGUACAUGAGGGAUAAACUGGACUCACUGGUUGACUUCCCCAUCAAAGAUCUGGACAUGUCAGAGUUCCUCAUCAACCCCAAUGCUGGACCGUGGCGCUAUGACCUCAUUGCUGUGUCCAACCAUUAUGGGGGGAUGGGUGGAGGCCACUACACUGCUUACUCCAAAAACAAGGAUGAUGACAAAUGGUACUACUUUGAUGACAGCAGCGUGUCUCCUGCCACUGAAGAUCAGAUUGUAUCCAAGGCCGCGUAUGUGCUAUUCUAUCAGCGGCAGGAUACCCUAAAGGGGACCGGCUACUUUGCUUUGGACCGAGAAGACCACGAGGACCAGCGCAGCGCCUCAGCACAGGGUGGCGCCGCCCAGAGCGAAGAGGAGGAGGAAGAGGAGGAGGAGGAGGAAGAGGAGGAGGAAGACCUGAAUGACAAUGACAAUGAGAAUGAGAAUGAGGAAGAGGAGGAGGAGGAGCCAGAACCCAACCAUGAUGUCACCAUGAAUACCAACUAAGGCAUCUGCAAAGAAACGAUGGGAUGUCCAAAGCCAUAUCCACCCAGUGCAGUGCAGUGCAGUGCAGUGCAGUGCAGUGCAGUGCAGGAGGCCAGAGCAUAGAGGCUCCCUGAAGCAGGGGUGUCGGAGGAGGGCCCCGCUCACACAUACUGCACUGGGAUAUCUUCAGCAAUCAGGGCCCUCUUCAGUGGUCACAAAGCGUGUGCUUGAUCAUUAGAGAAUGACAGAACACAUUCAGAAACACAAACUCUACAGACAGGAAGUUAAAGUGCAGAAUUUGAGCGCUAGGUAUGCCUGCUGAUGUCCUGGUGUCAUUUCUGAGAAUGUCAGCAGUGUUGUGAUAUGGUUUUCCCACCUGUUUUUAUUAGAACGGCAAGCGAGAGAGAGAGCAAGAUACAUAUUGCAUAUCCGUAUACCUUUAUUAUUAUUAUUAUUAUUAUUAUUUUUGGCCUUGUAAAUAAUUUGAAUGAACACUGAAUAUGGGGGUUUAUGAGGUGUGGAAUCUUUAUGGACUGUUUUUUUGUUGCACAAUCACUCCAUUUUUUUUUUAGAUUUGACUAGUGCCACACAUACUGCAAGUAUUUUACAGCCACUCAGUGUCAUCAUCUCGAUGAAAUGCUUUCAAAAGCUGCCUUCCAACCAUAUGCAGACAACUCUACUUGAGCAGGAGGAGCACAUCGGUGUGAGUUUCCAUCUAUAGUUGUCCAUGCUGCUGGAGCAAGCAUGCAUACUACACAUGUGUAUUGUACGCCUUACAGGUCUAUUCUCUUCAGAACCCUACAGAUGAAGUCAAGUCCAUGAGCUGACGAGAGUGUGAACGAGAGCAUAGUGAGCUGACGAGAGUCUGAACGAGAGCAUAGUAAGCUGACGAGAGUCUGAACGAGAGCAUAGUGAGCUGACGAGAGUCUGAACGAGAGCAUAGUGAGCUGACGAGUGUGUGAACGAGAGCAUAGUGAGCUGACGAGAGUGUGAACGUGAGCAUAGCUUUACAAGAGUUUCAGGUAUCAGCUUCAUACCUCCCCAUCUGUUUGUUUUUGAACUUAGGGGGCUUCUUGAGAUUAUGAAAUUUGGUGAUGCAUUAGAUUUUCUGUCUCUUGUUUGGAUCACCUCAGCCUUAAUUCUAAUCUCAGACUGUUGCCUUUUCUUUGCACAUUUUAUCACACUGUUUGUCCGCAUGUCUCUCAUAUAAAGAUACACACACACACACACACACACACACACACACACACACACACACACACCAUCGACUCUCCAAGUAUCUGCUUUUACACUGAGGCCGCUUUAGUUUAGUUUAAAAGCCACUAGCCUAUUGAGGUUGGUUGGCAGAAUGUAUAUUGAAUGACUGGGAGUAUACCUGACACUUGGAUGAUAGACCCCUCUUUCAAGUUAGGAACUACCCGUCCCCCUCCCCUGCCCUCCCCUCUUUAUGCUUUGGUUGAAUGUGCAGAGACAUUGGGUGAUUUGCCUUUGAUAUGUAUGGUUCCACUCAUGGGGUACUGCUGUAUGUCUUUUUGUAAGACGCGUGCUUUACGCUGAUCUACUCGCCUGACCAUGAAGGGGGGGGGGGGGUCCUUCUCUGGGGGACGAAGGAGAGGAGGGAGGGGCUUAUCGGACGAAAUGAAACGUGAUGACAUAGGCUAUAUAAAUACUGUACAUAAGAGUUCACUCUGUGAGUGCACAUUUGAUACAUUUAUUUAUUUAUAUGUAAGCAUUUAAACAACAAUGUAUUUAAGACCUUGGAGAGACAGAAGAUGUAUGGUAUAUGGCUUUAGUCCUGUAGUUCAGAAGUCUUGCCUUUGCUCUUCUGGGUUUGGGUCUCUUGGGGGACUGGGGUGGGGUGGGGAUGAUUGAUGCUCUAUUAUUUCUAUUAUUUGGACUUUUUGUGAAGUUGACUUGGAUAUCCUUGCAUGAGGGGUUUCAGAGUCCGGCUGCACUUGAGUUCACUUGGGUUUACAUUUGAGACGUGCAUGUGUAUUUAUAUACUGACAUCAAUAAAGUUGUGUAAAGCCUU